AUGGGCUGGGACUGGAUGGCCGCCAACAGCGGAGACUGGGGCGGGCUGAUGUUGUCGCGCGACUCCGGCAAGACGUGGGCGAUGCUCGGUGCCUUCCCCGCCAACUACUACAUAUCCGCCAUCGUCAUCCAGAGCCCGACCAGUUUCCUCGUCGGCGCGCGCGCCCACUUCCACUCGCGAGACGACGGAGGCGUGUGGGCGACGCACGACGGCGGCGCAAGCUGGACGCGGUCGCUCACCCGCCCCGUCUACGACCUGGUCGCCCUCGACGCGGGCAAGAAGCUGGUCCUCGCGGCGCUGCCGUGGGUGAGCGCUGUCUCGUCGGUGCUCCUCUCGCGCUCCGGAGGGAGCGACGCGGAGGGCUGGGAGCCCUUCGCGGAGGGGCUGACUUGGGACGCGCGCACGCCCUUCUACCCGACCUUCGCCGUCGGCAAGAACACGGUGUUUGUCGGAGCGCUGACGGUCAACCCCGCUAAGCUGUCCGACACAGCCAGCGCCAUCUACAGCCGGCCGCUGAGCGACGUGUCGUCGCCGCGCCGCACCCACGAACGUCUUCGCGGUACGUCUCUAGCUAGAUCUCGCACGGCCGCGUGGUCGCGCGUCCCCGGCGGCCCCGCCCGCCUCGACCGCGACGGCAUGCCCAAGGACCGGAUGGCGCUGCUCGUCCACCCUGCGGACGACUCGCUGCUCUUCGUCGCGGGAAACGCGGACGCGCUGGUGUGGCGCGUCAGGUGGGCCGAGGGCAAGUGGGUGCCCUCCGGCGCCGACG